CUAAAACCUCUUCGCCUCUCUCCUCACUCCUCUUUGGGGGUUUUCUCGAGAAAACUCAAUCCCUGCCAUGGACUCUAACGCGAGGAGGAAUGUUAACAUCUCGUCGCAGGGCUCUUCCCCCUCUCCCAAGCCGUCUAAGUUCUCUGUAUACCGGAACCCUGCUCUCUCCGCCGCGUCCACCGCUAACAGCCUCCGUCCCUCGAAAUCCGUCCUUUUCUUUAUAUUCGUGCUCUCUACAGCUUCCGUUUUCUCUCUCGUUUCCUUCAUGGCUGGGGAGAAACGAUUGACUAAUGCUUUAACAUUCGGGAGGAUAUCACAAGAGGCAGCUUAUGUUACUGUAAAGGCGUGGCAGGGAUUGGUGGCUUUGUUUUGUAUUGGAGCGAUGAUGGCUUUUUCCAAAGGGAUAUCUCUGCACAGAGCUAAGUUUGCUGCUAAACCAGAAAGUAAAGAAACCCAAGAUCAGUUUUCUUUAACAAGCCGUCAGCUUGAGCUUUUAGGAAUAAAGAAAAAAGGUGAGCAGGGUGUAUCGGAAUCUCCCAAGAGUCGUCCCGCAUUGAAACCAACACGGUCAUUAGAGCCGCUUGUCCCAAUCCAUCAGAAUCUUACUGGCUCAGCGCAUAAGUCUAACAGUGCUGGUGAUAAGCUGAAUUCUCGUGGUGGGAGUCAGAUUAGUCCGUUUAGCACUCCCUCUAAACAGAUGGGUUCGCCGUCGUUGUAUCUUGUCCCUUCUAGUUCACCAGCUUCUUCGAACCGAGCUUCCUCUGGUCAUGAUAAGGCUGUGUCUAGUCCUUGGUCCGGUAGACGAAAUUAUGCAAGAGACAUCGCCACAGAAGAGCAGCUAGAGCAGCUUUUGGCAGAAGUAGAUGAGAAAAUCACUGAGUCAGCUGGGAAGGUGCGGACUCCUCCACCAACAGUUGGGAGUUUUGCAAUGGCUAGUCCGAGUACUGUUGGUGGUUCAGCUGGUAUGUCUGGGACUACUAGGAGUACACCAGUAAGAACUGUUAGGAUGUCUCCUGGUGCUCAGAAAUUUACAACUCCACCAAAGAAAGGAGAGGGUGAUUUCCCCACACCCAUGUCCUUAGAACAGGCUAUCGAAGGUUUCAGGCACCUAGGUGUGUAUCCUCAGAUAGAAUACUGGCGUGACAGGCUAAGGCAGUGGUGUUCCUCAGUUUUGCUCAAGCCUUUGCUUAGCAAGAUAGAAACUAGUCAUAUUCAGGUAAUGCAAACAGCAUCGAAGCUAGGUGUUACUGUCACCGUUGCUCAAGUUGGAAGUGAUUUGUCAACAAAUGGAACCGCUCCUACUGCAUUACCAACUGAUCGUACAAAAGCGUGGCAGCCAUCUUAUUCUCUCGAUGAAGACGCUAUUCUUCACCAAUUGCGCGCUAGUCUUGUACAGGCUAUUGAUGCCACCAUGCAAAAGCUGUGUACAGAGAACCAGCAGUUUCAGCAACAACAGCAGCAACAGCAACAGCAAGCGGCACUAAUACCCGUUAUGCAGGAAUGUGUGGAUGCCAUUAGCGAACAUCAGAGGCUUCAGGGUUUAAUGAAAGGAGAGUGGGUCAAGGGUUUACUUCCACGCAGCAGCAUUCCAGCAGACUACACGGUGCAAAGAAUCAGAGAGCUUGCGGAAGGAACUUGUGUGAAGAACUAUGAAUACAAUGGAAGGGCAGAUGCUCGUGAAAAAAACAAGAAAUGGAGUCUUGAGCCUCCAACCGAUUCUCAUCUGAUGUUGUACUUGUUCUGUGCCUACUUGGAACACCCGAAAUGGAUGUUACAUCUGGACCCAAGCUCUUAUACAGGGACUCAGUCGAGCAGGAACCCGUUAUUCUUGGGGGUUUUGCCUCCAAAGGAGAGAUUCCCAGAGAAGUACAUAGCAGUGGUAUCAGGUGUACCGUCUGUCCUCCAUCCCGGUGCAUGUGUACUUGCUGUAGACAAGCAAUGCCCACCGACCUUUGCCUUGUACUGGGAUAAGAAGGUGCAAUUUACUCUUCAGGGACGAACAGCGCUAUGGGACUCAGUGUUGUUGAUGUGCCACAGAAUCAAGGUAGGAUAUGGAGGUGUUGUUCGUGGGAUGAACCUUGGUUCUUCGGCUCUCAACAUCUUACAAGUUGUUGAUUCUGAAACUGAUGAUUAAAAUCUCGUUUGGCUCAUCUAACUUUUCAAGAAAAGUGGAUUUUGCUUGAGACUCCUAAGAUAUGUUGGGCGUUGGAGGUCUAAAUUGACCAUUGUUAAAAGGAGAAAAUGUAGUGAAAUUAGUUCUCUUUAGAUUGCAACGUAUUAUUGUUAAAAAUUGAAGAUGCUUUUUUCUGUCCCACUAUAUCAGUUGAUGGACAAUAAGCUGAAUAUUUUGUUCAUGAAGAAAACAUGUGACUUUAAUGCAUGAAAAAGAACCGGAAUUGGCA